CGAUGAGUCAUAAUGAGCGAUCUGCGCUGCUCUUCCUUCUUGCAUUGACACUGAUUUCCACAUUUCUGUAAAGAACCGAAAUUUCCCUGCAAACAUAAAACAAAUCAUCUCGACGCAUUGUGGAAAAAAUAAAUCUGCUGUUUUAAGAUUAUUUUUUUAAAUCGACAUUGAGGCUCAACAGCUUUUCAUAACUGGGAUAUUUUUUGCAGUGCUAAUGCUGAAGUCAUUCUCCGUCUCAUACAACAGCAGCCAAGGACAAGGGAGCAUCAGCAGAGAGAGGGGAAAGAGGAGAGAGAAAGGUGCUUCCUUUUGCCUUUGCGAUAACUGUCUCGGUGUUGAAUCGAUGUCGGUGUCCAUGCUGCUCUAACAGGAGGCAGAAGGAGUGGCGGAGAAGCGGGGGAUUUAACUUCACACACGGACAAACCUAUGCUUGGAUUUCGGCUCUUUUUCCCUUCGCCAAUGCAAAAGGAAAUAUGCAGCGAAGCUUCACCAUUCUCUACACCAGUUUACUGGGGAUGUGCUUGGGAUCAAGCUCAAGUUUUCCAAGUAACAUCAAUAUAGGAGGAUUGUUCCCAACCGAUUCGCACGAAUAUGAGGUUUUUCGUUUCGCCCUGUCUCACCACCAGGACAUCCCCAAACUGGUGCCGCAGGUGGAUAUGGUCAAGAUGGGGAAUAGCUUCUCCAUGACAUAUGCCUUUUGCUCCCAGUUCUCCAAAGGUGUGUAUGCCAUCAUCGGCCUGUAUGACAGGAAGACGGUCAACAUGCUCAUGUCCUUCUGCGGAGCGCUGCACGUCUGCUUCGUCACGCCGUCAUUCCCCAUCGAGACGGCCAACCAGUUUGUCAUCCAGCUGAGGCCCGAGCUCCAGGACGCUCUAGUGGGAGUGAUCGACCACUACGGAUGGAACAAGUUUGUCUAUAUGUACAGUUCUGACUCAGGCUUGUCAGUGCUACAGAAGGUUCUGGACACAGCAGCGGAGAGGAACUGGCUGGUGACCUCGGUCAAUGUGGAGACCAUGACGGAGGCCUCUUUCUUGAAAGUGUUCCAGGAUUUGGACAAGAGGAAGGAGGGCCAGAUUAUCAUCGAUUGUGAGACUGAGAGGCUCACUGGCAUCCUUAAAAAGAUUGUCGAGCAAGGCAAAAAUGCAAAGAGCUACCACUACAUUCUGGCUAACCUGGGCUUCCUGGACAUCGACCUGACAGACCUGAGGAAAGGUGGGGCAAACAUCACCGGCUUCCAGCUCGUCAACAACUCUGAGCCGGCCGUCAGCCGUGUUGUCCAGCAGUGGAUGGAGUUUGAUAACAAAGACUCCAAAGUGCCCAAGAGUGGACUCAAAUACACAGGCGCUCUAACAUAUGACGGGGUAAAAGUCAUGUCCACGGCCUUCCAGAAUUUAAGGAGACAGAGGAUAGACAUCUCUCGCAGGGGCAACGCUGGAGAGUGUCUUGCCAACCCACCAGCUCCCUGGGGACAGGGCAUAGACAUCCAGAGAGCCUUGCAGCAGGUCCGUAUAGAUGGAUUGACUGGUCACAUUCAGUUCAAUGAGAAAGGCCGCAGAACCAACUACACCGUUAGCGUCAUGGAACUGGCCCCCUCUGGACCAAAGAAGGUUGGCUACUGGAAUGAAGAUGAAAAGUACGUGACUACUGCCAGCUUCGUGAGAGGCAGCAACGAGACUGGCGUCCUGCAGAACAGAACUUACAUAGUCACCACUAUUUUGGAGUCUCCAUAUGUGAUGCUGAAGAAGAACCACGAGCAGCUUGCGGGAAAUGACAAGUACGAGGGCUACAUUGUCGAGCUGGCUGCAGAAAUAGCCAAACAUGUGGGCUACCAGUACAAACUGAAGGUUGUUUCAGAUGGCAAAUAUGGGGCCAGAGAUCCGGAAACCAAGAUGUGGAACGGCAUGGUAGGGGAACUGGUUUAUGGGAAAGCAGAUGUGGCUGUGGCUCCUCUGACCAUCACCCUGGUCCGUGAAGAAGUGAUCGACUUCUCCAAGCCCUUCAUGUCCCUUGGUAUCUCCAUUAUGAUCAAGAAACCCACCAAAUCCAAACCUGGCGUGUUUUCAUUCCUGGACCCGCUGGCUUACGAGAUCUGGAUGUGCAUUGUGUUUGCCUAUAUUGGCGUCAGUGUCGUCCUGUUCCUUGUCAGUCGAUUCAGUCCGUAUGAGUGGCACGCUGAGGACUACGAGGAGGCCAGUGAGCCGCAGUCUCCCAACCAAGCAUCAGCCUCCAACGGGGCAAUGCAGCAGGGCCAGACACCAACGCAACAGAACACCAACCAGCAGAGUCCUGAGCAAACCAAUGAGUUUGGCAUUUUCAACUCCCUUUGGUUCUCACUGGGGGCCUUCAUGCAGCAGGGCUGCGAUAUCUCACCACGCUCUCUGUCUGGCCGGAUUGUUGGAGGUGUCUGGUGGUUCUUCACCCUCAUCAUCAUCUCAUCCUAUACUGCCAACUUGGCUGCCUUCCUGACAGUGGAGAGGAUGGUGUCACCUAUAGAGAGUGCUGAGGAUUUGGCCAAGCAGACGGAGAUCGCCUAUGGAACACUGGAUGCCGGCUCCACCAAAGAAUUCUUCAGGAGGUCAAAGAUCGCCGUGUUUGAGAAGAUGUGGUCCUACAUGAAGGCGGCCGACCCGUCCGUGUUUGUCAAGACCACAGACGAGGGUGUAAUGAGAGUCAGGAAGUCCAAGGGCAAGUAUGCCUACCUGUUGGAGUCCACAAUGAACGAGUACAUAGAGCAGAGGAAACCGUGCGACACUAUGAAGGUGGGAGGAAACCUGGACUCUAAAGGUUAUGGCAUCGCCACACCCAAGGGCUCCGCUCUCAGAAACCCAGUAAACCUGGCAGUGUUAAAACUGAACGAGCAGGGCCUCUUGGACAAAUUGAAAAACAAGUGGUGGUACGACAAGGGAGAGUGCGGCAGCGGGGGCGGGGACUCCAAGGACAAGACGAGCGCUCUGAGCCUCAGCAAUGUGGCGGGGGUCUUCUACAUCCUGAUCGGCGGCCUAGGCCUGGCCAUGCUGGUGGCGCUGGUGGAGUUCUGCUACAAGUCCCGGACUGAGUCGCAGCGAAUGAAGCAAUCCAUCAACGACGCCAUGCACUGCUCCACCCUGACCAGGAUGAGUGGCAACGGAGCGGCGGAGAAAAUGGACGAAUCCUCACCCACGAUCCCCAAGACCGUUCAGACGCUGCCCUGUAUGAGCCACACUACCAGCAUGGGACUAGGUGCCUCCGGCUGUGAUCAUCACGUGACUGUGCUGGCGGCGAGGAAUAGGCAGGGUGGGGCAGAAGAAGAGUACAAGACUCUAAUGGCCUCAAUAAGCAUGGCUGUCUGGUUUGGCCCAUCUGUCCUCCUGGCUGUCAACACGCCCAACUUAAACAAGACUUAACCUACUGCCAAAAUGAACCACUCCUUGCAAACUACAAACAGAGACUCACAACAUUUUUUUUAAAUAAGUGGAUGUUUGAAAAAGAGAUAUGGAAAAAAAGACGGGAAAUGUGCUGCAAUAAAGAAGCCGUCAACAGGCGUGUUUUUGAAUUUUUUACAGUGUUCAUUUGUGUGGGGAAAAAAA